ACAUCAUGACCAUGUCUUGGGGCUGUUCACCCAUUCUUUCUUUUUCCAACUACUAGAUUGGAAAUGCUUGAGAAUAAUAAGAUUCCAGGGCCAAUCUCAAAAUAUGCUUGCAAAGCAUUUUAUUAGUCCCUCUGAAUCAUGGUGGAGAAGAUGCUGUUCUGGACACUGUUUCUUUUACUUGGUAACUUCUGCCUAGCGGCAGGAAGUCUUCAGGACCCCCAGGAAGCUUGGACUGAGUCUUCUCUGUAUUACUACCACAAGAAGAACCUAAAUAUACCAAGGAAGCCAGAAAACAUUUCCUGCAUUUUCUAUUAUCAGAAAAAUUUCACUUGUACUUGGAGUCCAGAAAAGGAAGUCUAUCUUACAGAAUACACUGUUGUGAGAAUUUAUGGAAAAACAAGAGACUCAUGCAGAAGUGAGAAUCAUACAUCAUGUUCUUUCUUCUACCCAUAUUUGACUUAUCCUGAUAUUUACUCCAUUGAAGUGGAAGCCAAAAAUGUUUUUGGUGAACAAAAGUCUAACGUAACAUAUUGGUACUUGGAACACAUAGUGAAAAUAGAGCCACCUACCAAUCUAACUGUGGAACCAAUCCCAGGUGUUAAACAUAUGCUUCAAGUAACAUGGGGAAAACCAAAUGGGGUACCUGUUUCAGAUUCAUAUAUAUGCCAACUGAGAUAUAGGAGAGUGAAUAGUACUAAUUGGGAGCUAGGCAACCAAAGAUUGGAAAAUGAAAGACCAUAUAAUCUCACUGGAUUGCUGCUUCUGCAGCAAUAUGCCAUCUCUAUGCAAUGUCAGGUGGUCACCUCAGAAUUAUGGAGCAACUGGAGUGAAGAGAGAAUAGGAACAACUGAAGGACUAGCUCCAAAUUCCAGUUUGGACCUUUGGAGAAUUCUUGGGCCAGCUCAGCCUGAUGGAGGGAGAACAGUGCAGCUGUUAUGGAAGGAGGCAAGAGCAGACCCGAAUGUAAGGAAAACACUUGGCUACAACAUCUGGUACUUUCCAGAAAAUGAGACCACUGUUAAGGAAACAAAGAUGACGACCGAUCAACAAUUUAAAUUACAUCUGGGAAGUGCUGCCUACCUGGUGACUGUGGUGUACAGUACGUUUGAUGGUGUGUCUCCAGAAGCGACACUCAGAAUCCCGGCUGUUCAUGAAAAACCUCUCCAGUGCAUUGAGGCUGUGCAGGUGUACCAAUAUCAGGACCACCUGGAGGUGUGGUGGCAAACCUCUGAUGCAGAAGUUGACCGAUGGGUAAUUGAAUGGUACCCAGAUCAGGGGAUGGAGAAUUUGAAGAGGUCCUGGGAAUUUGUCUCACAAACCAGGAACUGGACAGGAAGGGCAGAAAACUUUGUGCCAUUCCAGUGUUAUAACAUCUCAGUGUAUCCCAUGGUGGGGAUUGAAGUUGGUGUUCCAUAUUCCAUCCAAGCUUAUUUCAAAGAAGGGAUUCCAUCAGAAGGUCCACUGGCUAAGGCCCAAAAUAUCAGCACCCAGACAGCCACAAUAAAAUGGGAAGAGAUACCCAAGACCAAGAGAAGGGGCUUCAUCUAUAACUAUACAGUGUUUUAUAAAUCUGACCAUGGAACAGAAUUUGCUAUAACAGUCGAUUCUAGUAUCUUGCAAUAUGAACUGGAGUCCCUGGAAAGCAACACACAGUACACUGUUAAGAUCAUGGCAAAUACCUUGGCUGGAGGCAAGAAUGGGACAAGUUUCAAUUUCAAGACAUCCAUUAGUAUAAUCAAGAUUGUGCUUUUGGGGGCUAUCACUGGAGGUGGUCUUUUUUCCCUUGGUAUCUUAUUGAUGGUCUGUAGUCUCAACAAACCCAAAUUGAAACGUCUAGUCUGUCCAGAAAUCCCCAAUCCUGCAAAGAGCAAUGUAGUCCUGUGGCAUGAUGACAAUUUCAAAUCCAAGCUGCAUCUCGGAGAGGUCCAGUUCCAUGGCAAGACACUGGAUGAAAGGAUUCCAAAACCAUACUUAUUUUCCUCUGGGGACUUGAUCGACAAAUUAGUGGUAGACUUUGAGAACUUUCUGGACAAAACUGAGGUUCCUGGAGUAGACCUGAUGAAGACGCAGGAAAGCAUUUUGAGUGUGGAAGGGAAGAAGUAUGUAAAUUCCCCAUAUAAUUUUUACAGUCCCUCAGGACAGGUUUUCCAAGGGCUUCUAUCUUCAGCCUUAGUUUCACUCAAAGGAACACAAGAACCAUCUUCAGAAAGGCUGGAUGAAGAAACCAAGGAUAAAACUUUCCAGAAGCCAAAUGCUAGUGAAAUUCUGGAGCCAGAGCAGCAACCCUGGGAAGAAGCUGGAUUGAAUCCAUAUUUGAAAAAUUCAGUGACAACAAGGGAAUUCCUCACCUCUGAGGAAUUUUCUGAUCCAAAUCCAGAAGAAGACUGAAAUGUUGUUUUGUGCAUCCCGACCUUGGAAUCAAAUUGGAGCAUUUUUUCCCCCCUUUUUCUUGAUUCUGAAGAAGAGGUUAAAUUGGGCCUGGGUUUAAACUCUGAAGUGAUUCAGACAUCUAAAAGUGCAAAAUCUUUAGCUUUCAGGGAGCUGUGACUGAACUACCAGAGGCCAAGAGGCUCAGUGGAAUCAGAACUGGUCCUUCAAUGUGCUUUUUAAGUUUGGUAUUUUAAAAAGUUAUUAUUUAUAGGUUGUUUUUAAGAAGUUGAUAUAAAUAAUUUUGAAUAACUGACUCAUAAGCACAUGUUUGCUUAUCUGCAUAAAUAGCCAUUAACUGACAAGCAUUUAUCAAGACAUCAUGUGUCAUGGACCAUGGUAAUCUUUACUCUUAAGCAACCCAUAUUCUAAUAAGAGAGGCAAUAUUUAUGCCCAGUAUAAAUUUUAUUAUAUAUAUAUAUAUAUAUAUAUAUAUAUAUAUAUAUAUAACUACCACCUAUAGCUAUUCAAUUGCAUGUGCACAUGAACUACAUAUAUGUAUAUAUAUGCACACAUAUACACAUAUGUAAAUAAGUUCAGGCAAACACAUGAAAAAUAUUGCAUCCUUCAGAAGUUAGGCUCUGAGUACUGGGGAGAAAAGGAAAGGACUUACGAGAAAGUGAUGUUAGGACUGAGCCAGGAGAGCUCAGAAGGAAGCGCAAAGACCCAAAAAGGAAAGAUGGAGCAUUGUGUAUGAGGAAUAGAAAGAAGGCCAAUAUGGGUGAAUCACAGAGUGAAUGGAAGAGAGCAAAACAUAAGAAGACAGGAAAGAUAGGGAGAGACUAAGUUGUAAAGAGCUUUAAUACUUUUUGGUUACUCUAGACAUAAUAAAAAGCCCAUAGAGUUUACUAAAGAGAGAGGUGACAUAAUCAAAUUUAUACUUUAAGAAAAUCACUUUGGCAGCUGUAUGGAAGACAGUUUAGAGCAGGGUUUCUUAA